AGGGUGCCCCGCGCGGCGUGGAGUCGGGCCGCUGCCGCCAUCCCGCUGGCGAGAGGGAGAGAGAGGCCCGCCCGCUCGCCGGCCGGGCCAGUGUGGGCUAGUGCGUGAGGGCGCUGGGAGCCGUGUCAGCGAGACUCAGAGCGCAGCCGCCACCACCAAACGGACAUGUUGGAGCCCAGCGCCGCCGCCGCCUCUUUUUCCUCACCCUGCAAACGGGACUGAGAAGGGGCCCGCCACCCGUCCGCCUCUGCCUCGCCGCGUCGGCCGCAGCCUCUUCCCGUCCAGCCUCAGGCUCCGCUUCUCGUCGCCUCCCCCCGCUGCCAGGCCCAGUCGGUUCCCCGGCCCCGCUCCGCCGCGGCGCGAGGUCUAUGUGACCAGCGGGCCCGGUGCCGCCGCCGCCGCCGCAGCGCGAACAUGGACGCCGUCAACGCCUUCAACCAGGAGCUUUUUUCACUUAUGGAUAUGAAACCUCCCAUCUCUAGAGCCAAGAUGAUUCUCAUCACUAAAGCUGCUAUUAAAGCUAUUAAGCUUUAUAAGCAUGUGGUUCAAAUAGUAGAAAAGUUCAUCAAAAAGUGUAAACCAGAGUACAAGGUUCCAGGAUUAUAUGUAAUUGACUCAAUUGUGCGACAGUCUCGUCAUCAGUUUGGAACUGAUAAAGAUGUUUUUGGGCCAAGAUUCUCUAAAAACAUAACUGCCACAUUCCAGUACUUAUAUCUUUGUCCAUCUGAAGAUAAGCAAGCCACUCCAAACUCUGUACCAACUGUACCACAGUUGCCCAGCUCUGAUGCUUUUGCUGCUGUGGCUCAACUUUUUCAGACAACUCAAGGCCAACAGCUUCAGCAGAUCCUUCAGACUUUUCAGCAGCCUCCAAAACCACAAUCUCCUGCCCUUGACAAUGCUGUGAUGGCUCAGGUUCAGGCUAUCACAGCUCAGUUAAAGACAACCCCUACACAACCACCUGAGCAAAAAACUGCUUUCCCCCCACCUGAACAAAAGACUACAUUUGACAAGAAGCUGCUUGAUAGAUUUGAUUAUGACGACGAGCCUGAAGCUGUGGAAGAAUCAAAGAAAGAGGAUGCUGCUGCUGUCACCACGACAGCACCUGCUGCUGCUGUGCCUCCCACACCCACCACCACUGUGCCUGCUGCUGCUGCUGCUGCUGCUGCUGCCCCCACUGCUGCCUCUCCUCCUCCUCCACAGGCACCAUUUGGAUUUCCUGGAGAUGGCAUGCAGCAGCCAGCAUACACACAGCAUCAAAAUAUGGAUCAGUUUCAACCUCGAAUGAUGGGAAUACAACAGGAUCCAAUGCACCAUCAGGUUCCACUUCCUCCUAAUGGACAGAUGCCAGGAUUUGGAUUUCUUCCUACACCGCCAUUUCCCCCCAUGGCUCAGCCUGUAAUUCCUCCAACUCCACCAGUUCAACCUUUCCAAGCCACUUUUCAGACACAAAAUGAACCCCUCACACAGAAGCCACAUCAACAGGAAAUGGAAGUAGAACAACAACCUUGUAUUCAAGAGGUUAAACGGCAUAUGUCUGAUAAUAGAAAAUCAAGAUCCAGGUCAGCAUCCAGGUCACCAAAAAGGAGACGAUCUAGAUCUGGUUCUAGAUCUCGAAGGUCUCGUCAUAGACGUUCUAGAUCUCGGUCCAGGGAUAGACGCCGACAUUCUCCCCGAUCUCGAUCCCAAGAAAGACGGGAUCGAGAAAAAGAACGGGAACGUCGGCAAAAAGGCCUUCCUCAAGUCAAACCAGAAACUGCAAGUGUUUGCAGUACUACACUCUGGGUAGGACAGCUGGAUAAAAGGACUACUCAGCAGGAUGUUGCCAGUCUCUUGGAAGAGUUUGGUCCUAUUGAAUCAAUUAAUAUGAUUCCUCCCAGGGGUUGUGCCUACAUCGUUAUGGUUCAUAGACAAGAUGCUUAUCGUGCCCUGCAGAAACUGAGCCGAGGAAAUUAUAAAGUAAACCAGAAAUCCAUAAAGAUUGCCUGGGCCUUAAACAAAGGAAUAAAGGCAGAUUAUAAGCAGUAUUGGGAUGUAGAACUUGGUGUAACUUAUAUUCCGUGGGACAAAGUCAAGCCUGAGGAACUGGAGAGUUUUUGUGAAGGAGGAAUGUUGGACAGUGACACACUCAACCCAGAUUGGAAAGGAAUUCCCAAGAAGCCUGAAAAUGAAGUUGCUCAAAAUGGAGGUGCAGAAACUUCACACACAGAACCAGUAUCACCCAUACCUAAACCUCUACCUGUACCUGUCCCUCCUAUUCCUGUUCCUGCACCUAUAACAGUGCCACCCCCACAGGUCCCACCACAUCAGCCAGGUCCUCCUGUAGUUGGUGCUCUUCAGCCACCCACUUUCACCCCUCCUUUGGGAAUUCCUCCUCCAGGCUUUGGUCCUGGUGUCCCUCCACCCCCUCCUCCUCCACCAUUUUUGCGCCCAGGAUUCAACCCAAUGCAUUUACCUCCAGGUUUUCUUCCUCCUGGACCCCCACCUCCUAUAACUCCACCAGUAUCCAUUCCUCCUCCUCACACUCCACCAAUCAGCAUCCCAAACUCUACUAUCGCUGGUAUAAAUGAAGACACUACAAAAGACUUAUCUAUUGGAAAUCCCAUUCCAACAGUGGUGUCUGGGGCUAGAGGAAACGCUGACUCUGGUGACAGUGUGAAAAUGUAUGGCUCUGCUGUGCCACCUGCUGCACCCACGAAUCUGCCCACCCCUCCUGUAACCCAGCCUGUUUCACUUCUUGGCACUCAAGGGGUUGCCCCUGGUCCUGUAAUUGGGCUCCAGGCACCAUCUACUGGUCUUCUUGGUGCCCGACCCGGCCUCAUCCCACUUCAGCGCCCUCCAGGAAUGCCUCCACCUCACCUGCAGCGAUUCCCUCUGAUGCCCCCUCGCCCCAUGCCACCACACAUGAUGCACAGAGGUCCGCCACCAGGACCAGGGGGCUUUGCAAUGCCUCCACCUCAUGGAAUGAAAGGUCCCUUUCCACCCCACGGCCCCUUUGUUCGGCCUGGUGGAAUGCCAGGGCUCGGGGGCCCAGGACCAGGCCCAGGUGUUCCUGAAGACAGAGAGGGGAGACAGCAACAACCCCAGCAGCCACAGCCACCGCCGCAGCAGCCACCACCACCACAGCCACAGCAGCAGCAGCAGCCGCCACCGUCGCAGCAGCCUCCACCAAGCCAGCAGCAGCCACAGCAGUUUAGAAAUGAUAACAGGCAGCAGUUCAAUUCAGGUAGAGACCAAGAGAGGUUUGGAAGAAGAUCUUUCGGAAAUAGGGUGGAAAAUGACCGGGAACGGUAUGGGAGCCGUAAUGAUGAUAGAGAUAAUAGUAAUCGUGAAAGGAGAGAGUGGGGAAGAAGGAGCCCUGACCGGGACAGGCACAGAGACUUGGAAGAGAGAAAUAGACGCUCUAGUGGGCAUCGAGACAGAGAGAGAGAUUCUAGAGAUAGAGAGUCUCGUAGAGAGAAGGAAGAAAACCGAGGAAAGGAAAAGCCUGAGGUGACAGACAGGGCAGGUGGUAACAAAACCAUUGAACCUCCCCUUAGCCAAGUGGGAAAUGUAGACACUGUUUCAGAACUUGAUAAGGGGGAGUCUGAGACCACAGUUGUAAAACCUGAAGAGUUACCUGCUGAGGCUACCUCAUCCGUUGAACCUGAAAAGGAUUCUGGCUCAGCAGCAGAGGCUCCUCGCUAAGUGACUGGAAUUUGUCAAAAUGUGACAGUGACACUUCCUGGAGUUAGAGCGUCAGGUGUACAGAUGCUGUAUUAUAUUUGCUCCUGCUAUAUCACAGCCCCACGGUAGUUGGUGGGGAAUUGUAAGCAAUUUGAUUGCUUCCCUUCUAUUUAAAAAUAGCCACAAAAUAACAAAAAAUACUGAAAAUAUGAAUAAAUAUUACCCCUUUUGCUGUAACUUUUUAAAAGUUUUGACUUUAAAAAGUUUACAAAUCAAAAUUAGAAGUGCUCUCUAUUUUUUUUUUUUUAAUUUAAGACAAGGUAACGGUGAAAGCUCCUCAACACAAUAGGGAUGUUUUUAAUAAACUCUAUUUUCGUAACAAA